AUGAUGAAGGAUUUUGGCAGAUGUGACGAAAAGCCAAAAAAUAAACACAAGGCAGAAGGGAAAGGUGGUGGGAAGAUUUCUCAAGAGAAUGCUAGAAAUUGUCAAGAAGUCCUGCCGGACUUGACAGAGGUCUUUGCCACAGAAGUAGAUAGUAUCACACAUGUGUCACACUUUUUCUGCUGUCAUCCGUCUAGAAGUCAUCUGCCCUUCACUGAGUUGGCAUCAUGCAACAUUAUAUUCUUGCCAGGGAAUAUACUUGCUUAUCAUGAGAUUGGUCACCAAGUUUGGGCUUUGCCAUUGCUGAAUUGGCAAAGAGACCAUGGCUGA